AUGGCGGUGGCCGAGCUGUACACACAGUACAACAGGGUUUGGAUUCCGGAUCCUGAAGAAGUAUGGAAGUCUGCCGAGAUAGCCAGGGACUACGGAGCUGGUGACAAAGUCCUGCGGCUCCUGCUGGAGGAUGGCACGGUGAGAAGCCUGCGGAACUACCACCAUGGAAACAAUAGUGGGGUGCAGAGGGGACAUGAGCAGUGCCAGCUGCGAUCCGACUGCAGCCCCGGAAUCAUUUUGGUGGCCAUGAACCCCUACAAGCAGCUGCCCAUCUACGGAGACGCCAUCAUCCACGCCUACAGCGGGCAGAACAUGGGCGAUAUGGAUCCGCACAUAUUCGCAGUGGCAGAAGAGGCCUACAAGCAGAUGGCCAGAAACCAUCGUAACCAGUCCAUUAUUGUGAGUGGAGAGUCGGGUGCAGGGAAGACGGUGUCAGCCCGCUAUGCCAUGAGGUACUUUGCCACCGUCAGCAAAUCAAGCAGCAAGGCUCACGUGGAGGACAAGGUCCUAGCAUCCAAUCCCAUAACCGAGGCUGUGGGGAAUGCUAAGACCACGCGCAAUGACAACAGCAGUCGGUUUGGGAAGUACACAGAAGUCAGCUUCGACAAGAGCAAUCAGAUCAUAGGGGCCAACAUGAGAACCUACCUGCUGGAGAAAUCCAGAGUUGUCUUCCAAUCAGAAAAUGAACGGAAUUACCACAUUUUCUACCAGCUGUGUGCAUCUGCACAGCAGUCGGAGUUUAAACAUCUUAAACUAAGGAGUGCAGAAGAGUUUCACUACACGAGCAUGGGAGGCAAUACAGUCAUCGAGGGUGUGAAUGACAGAGCGGACAUGGUAGAGACUCAGAAGACAUUUGCACUCUUGGGUUUCAAGGAGGAUUUUCAGAUGGAUGUUUUCACCAUCCUGGCCGCCAUCCUGCAUCUGGGCAACGUGCAGAUCGCCGGGGUGGGCAGCGAGCGGUCUUCCAUCAGUGAGGAUGACGAUCACUUGAAGGUAUUCUGCGAGCUCCUGGGCCUGGCGCGUGGCAAAGUGUCUCAGUGGCUCUGCAACCGCAAGAUCGUCACCAGCUCUGAGACCGUGGUGAAACCCAUGACCAGAGCCCAGGCCAGCAACGCCAGGGACGCGCUGGCCAAAAAGAUCUACGCGCACCUGUUCGACUUCAUUGUGGAGAAAAUUAACGAAGCCUUGCAGUUUUCAGGCAAGCAGCACACUUUUAUUGGUGUUUUGGACAUUUAUGGUUUUGAGACCUUUGAUGUGAACAGCUUUGAACAGUUCUGCAUCAAUUACGCUAAUGAAAAGCUGCAACAGCAGUUUAACUUGCAUGUCUUUAAACUCGAACAAGAAGAAUAUAUGAAGGAAGAUAUCCCUUGGACUCUGAUCGAUUUUUAUGACAAUCAGCCAGUUAUUGACCUGAUAGAAGCGAAAAUGGGCAUUUUGGAGUUACUGGAUGAAGAAUGCUUGUUACCACACGGGACUGAUGAAAAUUGGCUUCAAAAGCUGUAUAAUAAUUUUGUCAACAAGAACUCUUUAUUUGAAAAGCCUAGAAUGUCAAACACAUCUUUUAUCAUCCAGCACUUUGCUGAUAAGGUAGAGUAUAAAUGUGAAGGCUUUCUUGAGAAGAACAGGGACACUGUCUACGACAUGCUGGUGGAAAUCCUGAGAGAAAGCAAGUUCCAACUGUGCGCCAACUUUUUUCAAGAAAAUCCCGUUCCUUCUUCCCCCUUCGGUUCAAUGAUCACUGUUAGAUCCGCAAAGCAGAUCGUCAAGCCCAACAGCAGGCAUUUCCGGACCACAGUUGGAAGCAAGUUCCGCAGCUCCCUGUCCUUACUCAUGGAGACCCUCAACGCCACCACACCCCACUACGUUCGCUGCAUCAAGCCAAAUGAUGAGAAGUUGCCUUUCGAGUUUGACUCCAAAAGGAUUGUCCAGCAGCUGCGAGCCUGUGGUGUUUUAGAAACGAUUCGCAUCAGUGCCCAGAGCUACCCAUCCAGGUGGACAUACAUUGAGUUCUACAGCCGCUACGGCAUCCUCAUGACCCAGCCGGAGCUCUCCUUUGGCGACAAAAAGGAAGUGUGCAAGGUGGUCUUGCACAGGCUCAUCCAGGAUUCCAAUCAGUACCAGUUUGGCAAAAGCAAGAUUUUCUUCCGAGCGGGACAAGUGGCUUACCUAGAGAAACUCCGAUUGGAUAAACUGAGGCAGGGCUGUAUUGUGAUCCAAAAGCACGUCCGUGGCUGGCUGCAGAGGAAAAAGUUCCUCCGGGAGAGACACGCUGCUGUGACGAUCCAGCAGUACUUCCGGGGCCAGCAGACUGUGAGGAAAGCCAUCACCGCAAGGGCUUUGAAGGAGGCCUGGGCAGCCAUCAUCAUCCAGAAGCACUGCCGUGGGUACCUGGUCCGCAACCUGUACCAGCUGAUCCGCAUAGCCACCAUCACCAUCCAGGCGUAUGCCCGGGGCUUCCUGGCGAGGAGGAGGUACCGGAAGAUGCUGGAGGAGCACAAGGCUGUGAUCCUUCAGAAAUACGCCCGGGCGUGGCUGGCCCGCCGAAGAUUCCAGAACAUCCGACGUUUCGUGCUCAACAUCCAGCUGACUUACAGGGUCCAGCGUUUGCAGAAGAAGUUGGAGGAUCAGAACAGAGAGAACCACGGGCUGGUGGAGAAGCUGACCAGCCUGGCCGCUCUCCGGGCUGGCGACGUGGAGAAGGUUCAGAGGCUGGAGGCAGAGCUGGAAAGAGCAGCCAUCUACAGACACAGCUGCGAGGAGAAGGACCGGAGAUACAGGGACACUGUGGAAGAGAAACUGGCCAGGCUUCAGAAGCGUAAUUCUGAACUGGAAGCUGAGCAGGAGCAGACCCAGCUGAAGCUCCGCGAGAAGACGGAAGAGCUCCAAGAAAAAAUGGAUGCCCUCACCAAGCAGCUCUUUGACGACGUGCAGAAAGAAGAGCGGCAAAGGAUACUGCUGGAGAAAAAUUUUGAGCUAAAGGCACAAGACUAUGAGAAGCAGAUGCAGUGUCUGAAGGAAGAAAUCAAGGCUCUCAAGGAGGAGAAAAUGCAGCUCUGUCACCAGCUCGAGGAAGAGCGGGUCACCUCUGAGGGCUUGAGGGGCGAUGUGGCCCGACUGAGCAAGCAAGCAAAGACCAUCUCUGAGUUUGAGAAGGAGAUCGAGCUGCUCCAGGCACAGAAAAUCGACGUGGAGAAACACGUGCAGUCGCAGAAACGGGAGAUGAGAGAAAAGAUGUCUGAGAUUACCAGACAGCUUCUUGAGAGCUAUGACGUCGAGGAUGUACGAAGCAGACUCUCUGUGGAAGAUCUGGAACAUUUAAAUGAGGAUGGUGAACUCUGGUUUGCAUACGAGGGACUAAAGAAGGCAACACGAGUUAUGGAGAACCAUUUCCAAUCCCAGAAGGAUUGCUACGAAAAAGAGAUCGAAGCCCUGAACUUCAAAGUGGUCCAUCUCAGUCAAGAAAUCAACCAACUGCAGAAAUUAUUCAGAGAGGAAAACGACAUCAAUGAAAGCAUCCGGCACCAAGUCACCAGGCUAACGUCAGAAAACAUGAUGAUCCCAGACUUUAAACAGCAAAUUUCAGAGCUAGAGAAGCAGAAGCAAGAUCUUGAACUCCGCCUGAAUGAACAAAAUGAGAAAAUGAAAGGAAAACUGGAGGAACUGUCGGCUCAGCUCCCUCACAGCAGAGAAGAAGAAGGAACUCAGAGAAAGGCCAUAGAAGCCCAGCAUGAAGCACACCUCAGAGCGAAAGAGCAGCUUCUGGGCACGAUCCAAGCACUGCAGGAGGCUGGAGAGCACUCGAAGGCAGGGCAAUCUGAAGCUGAAGGCGAAAAUCUGGAAGAGGAGUUAGACACGAAGGACAGAGUGAUUAAAAAGCUGCAAGACCAAGUGAAGAAUCUGGCCAAAACCGGGGAUAAAGCCAAUGCCAGGCCCUUGUCCUUGGGACCCAAGGAGUUCCUGGGGAUGCUGGAAUACAGAAGAGAAGACGAGCCCAAGCUCAUUCAGAACCUCAUCCUUGACUUGAAGCCCCGCGGCGUGGUGGUGAACAUGAUGCCGGGGCUGCCGGCUCACAUCCUGUUCAUGUGUGUCCGCUAUGCAGAUGCCCUCAACGACGCCAGCAUGCUCAAGUCCCUCAUGAACAGCGCCAUCCACGGCAUCAAGCAAGUGGUGAAGGAACAGCCCUCAGACAUCUUUGUUCUCUCCUUUUUCAUUUUCUAUGAAUGCUAAUAUGUAUGUACUCAAAAUUACUUUCAGGAAUUCAUGAAACAUAACAGCCCCCGUCAGAAUAAGAAUUGCCUGAACAAUUUUGACCUUUCAGAAUACAGACAGAUUCUUAGUGAUGUGGCUAUACGGAUAUAUCAUCAGUUCAUUACUGUAAUGGAAAAUAACAUCCAACCAAUAAUAGUGCCGGGCAUGCUGGAGUAUGAGAGCCUGCAGGGCAUCUCGGGCCUGAAGCCCACGGGCUUCCGGAAGCGCUCGUCCAGCAUUGAUGACACAGAUGCCUACACCAUCACCUCCAUCCUGCAGCAGCUCAGCUACUUCUACACCACCAUGUGCCAGAAUGGGCUGGACCCGGAGCUGCUGAGGCAGGCCGUGAAGCAGAUAUUCUUCCUGAUCGGUGCUGUCACCCUGAACAGCCUCUUCCUGCGCAAGGACAUGUGCUCGUGCAGGAAGGGGAUGCAGAUCAGGUGCAACAUCAGCUACUUGGAAGAAUGGCUUAAAGACAAGAAUCUGCAGAAGAGCAUAGCCAAGGAAACGCUGGAGCCCCUCUCCCAGGCAGCCUGGUUGCUCCAGGUCAAGAAGACGACGGACAGCGACGCCAAGGAGAUCUGCGAGCGCUGCACCUCGCUGUCUGCCGUGCAGAUCAUAAAGAUCCUGAAUUCCUACACGCCCAUUGACGACUUUGAGAAGAGAGUCACUCCAUCCUUUGUCCGCAAAGUACAGGCUCUCCUGAAUAACCGGGGCGACUCAUCACAGCUGAUGCUGGACACCAAGUACCUCUUUCAAGUCACCUUUCCCUUCGCAGCCUCUCCACACGCGCUGGAGCUGAUCCAGAUCCCCAGCAGUUUCAAGCUAGGUUUUCUCAACCGAUUGUAGCAGGAG